AUGAGAACACAAGCGUUUUUAUGUGUAGUCCUCUUUAUAGGAGAGUAUAUAGCUGCACCUCUCUCAGAAGAAAAGGAUGACAAAAUUGUGAUACCAAGACAAAUAUUCGAUGACAAUUUCAUUAAAUGUAAAGCAAAACAUGAUAUCGUGGAUGUUAUGGUACCGUUGAAUGCUUUUACCUUGAAGACUAAGAUAGGUUUUGAUUCUGAUAGCAAGCCGGAUAUGACGGUUUUCCUAGUAGAAGCUGAUCUUAAGGAUGGCAAACGUGUUGACAAAGGACUGUACUUAUAUAAGAAUGAUGAGGUGAAAAUGGUUCUGCCUAAUGGAAGAGCAGCGGCGGCUUCAUUUGAUGAUGAAAAAAUAGUCUAUUUCGGAGCCAGCGAUGGUUUAUAUGUUUAUAAUGUUGACUCCAAGUCUGCUGAUAAAUAUGGAAAAUUUUCCGAUAGCAUUAUCGAUAUCGCUACAAACGUAGAUGGAAAACACAUUUACAUUCUGAGUGAAGAUCACAAAUUAUAUAAUGUGACAAAUGAAGGCGCAGACAAAGAGUUGCUCCAAGAUGUAGAAGAUGCCCAGGAAAUUGUUUUGGAUUAUUUUGAAAAUAUUUACUUCUAUGACUCGAAUAAGGAUGUAUUCAUUAAAAAUGCUGAUGGGAUUAUCAAAGUUCAGGGUCUACCGGAAGGCAGGAAAUCCCUUAAGCUUUGGAACCCACUUUUAACAAUACAGGGAUGGGCUGUUUUGUUGGUAGACAACGCUCUAUACGUAAUCAAUGCUAAUGGAAUUGCUAUAGCAAGUGGACAGGAGUACAGCCCUAAUGCGAAACCAACUGCUUUUGCCGCUUUUGCUAAAAUAGUAGAGUGCCACGCAUACAACAAAAAUCUGUAUACUGGAAACAUGAGAACACAAGCGUUUUUAUGUGUAGUCCUCUUUAUAGGAGGGUGUAUAGCUGCACCUCUUUCAGAAGAAAAUGAUGACAAAAUUGUGAUAACAAGACACAAAUUAUACAAUAAAAAUCUCCUUAGAUAUAAAGCGAAAUAUGAUAUCGUUGAUAUUAUGGUACCGUUGAAUGCUCUUACCUUGGAGUCUAUGAAAGAUAUUGAUUCUGAUAGCAAGCCGGAUGUGACGGUUUUCUUAGUAGAAGCUGAUCUUAAGAAUGGCAAACGUGUUGACAAAGGACUGUACUUAUAUAAGAAUGAUGAGGUGAAAAUGGUUCUGCCUAAUGGAAGAGCAGCGGCGGCUUCAUUUGAUGAUGAAAAAAUAGUCUAUUUCGGAGCCAGCGAUGGUUUAUAUGUUUAUAAUGUGGACUCCAAGUCCGCUGUUAAAUAUGGAAAAUUUUCCGAUAGCAUUAUCGAUAUCGGUACAAACGUAGAUGGAAAACAUAUUUACAUUCUGAGUGAAGAUCACAAAUUAUAUAAUGUGACAAAUGAAGGCGCAGACAAAGAGUUGCUCCAAGAUGUAGAAGAUGCCCAGGAAAUUGUUUUGGAUUAUUUUGAAAAUAUUUACUUCUAUGACUCGAAUAAGGAUGUAUUCAUUAAAAAUGCUGAUGGGAUUAUCAAAGUUCAGGGUCUACCGGAAGGCAGGAAAUCCCUUAAGCUUUGGAACCCACUUUUAACAAUACAGGGAUGGGCUGUUUUGUUGGUAGACAACGCUCUAUACGUAAUCAAUGCUAAUGGAAUUGCUAUAGCAAGUGGACAGGAGUACAGCCCUAAUGCGAAACCAACUGCUUUUGCCGCUUUUGCUAAAAUAGUAGAGUGCCACGCAUACAACAAAAAUCUGUAUACUGGAAAAAUGAGAACACAAGCGUUUUUAUGUGUAGUCCUCUUUAUAGGAGGGUAUAUAGCUGCACCUCUCUCAGAAGAAAAGGAUGACAAAAUUGUGAUCUUGUUAUCAAGACACAUAUUAUUCAAUAAAAAUUACCUUAAAUAUAAAGCGAAACAUGAUAUCGUUGAUAUUAUGGUACCGUUGACUGCUCUUACCUUGGAGUCUAUGAAAGAUAUUGAUUUUGAUAGCAAGCCGGAUAUGGCGGUUUUCUUAGUAGAAGCUGAUCUUAAGAAUGGCAAACGUGUUGACAAAGGACUGUACUUAUAUAAGAAUGGUGAGGAGAAAAUGGUUCUGCCUAAUGGAAGAGCAGCGGCGGCUUCAUUUAAUGAUGAAGAAAUAGUCUAUUUCGGAGCCAGCGAUGGUUUAUAUGUUUAUAAUGUGGACUCCAAGUCCGCUGUUAAAUAUGGAAAUUUUUCCGAUAGCAUUAUCGAUAUCGCUACAAACGUAGAUGGAAAACACAUUUACAUUCUGAGUGAAGAUCACAAAUUAUAUAAUGUGACAAAUGAAGGCGCAGACAAAGAGUUGCUCCAAGAUGUAGAAGAUGCCCAGGAAAUUGUUUUGGAUUAUUUUGAAAAUAUUUACUUCUAUGACUCCAACAAGGAUGUAUUCAUUAAAAAUGCUGAUGGGAUUAUCAAAGUUCGGGGUCUACCGAAAGGCAGGAAAUCCCUUAAGUUUUUGGGCCAAGAUUUCCUUAAAGUGCGAUAUGUUAUUUUGAUGACAGACAACGUUCUUUACGUUAUCUUUGCUAAUGGAAUGGCUUUUGCAAGUCCUGUGGAAUUGAGCCCUAAUGCGAAACCAACUGCUUAUGGCCUUUGGUCCGAAAUAGUGCAUUACUACGCAUACAACAAAAAUCUGUAUGUAAAAUAUCUGUGA